AUGUUUAACAUGCGGCAGCGUUCUCCCACGGAGGCUGGGCACACGGGAAUAGGGAGGAGGUGCGCACGACCGCCGGCACCGACCAUGCCGGAGCCUGCCCCGGUGAUCAGGCGGAUCCGCAAGGAGCUGAAACAGCUCUGGAUGGACCCGCCGGCGUUCUGCCGGCCCGGCGCGUCGCCCGUGACGGACCUGUUCCACUGGGAGGUGAUCAUCGACGGCCCCCACGGCAGCCCCUACGCCGGCGGCACGUUCCCCGUCGACGUCGCCUACCCCAAGGACUACCCCUUCAAGCCCAUCAAGCUCACCUUCAAAACUAAGGUGUACCAUCCCAACAUCGGCCCGGAGGGGAAGAUGGCGCUGGACAUCUUCGGGAGGGGGUGGUGGCCUUCUCUCACGAUAAGGACGGUCCUCAUGUCCGUCGUCUCCGUCCUCUACGACCCCCUGCUCGACCUCCCCGUCCGCCACGACGCCUCCCGGCUGUACAAGCGCGAGCGGGGUCUCUUCGAGCAGAAGGCCAGGCGCUGGACUCGCAGGUACGCCUCGGCGCCGGCCGUCUCCUUCUAUCCGGCAGGGACCGAGCUGUUUGAGGAGCAGCUGGAGGAGGCGGCGACCAGUGGGGCAGUGGCACGCCGUCGUUCUUGUGGAGCAGGGAAAUGGCGUUUCUUCGGGGGCCGCCGCCUCGGCGCCAUCUAGUACGCGCAUGUGUUCAGCCAUGCAUGCACGGCGAUGAUCGCUGAAUAAGACUAUUGAGCACAAGUUAAGUUCACCGGAAGAAUGCUUG